UCUUUGUCGCUGGCCCGCCCACUCGUUUCGCUGGCGUCGCCAGACGUCGUUUCACGGAUUGUACCACAACCCAGGGCGAUAAACAGCGGGUGGGUGGAGAUAGAGCUAGAGACAAGGAAACCACGCGGGGUUGUUGCAGUGUGAACGGGGUGCGUUGGGCGAUGAGUUUAUAAACAAGCGGUGGAGAUCGGCGCUGGUCACGGUUGUGCCCGGGAAAAGGUUUGCGGUGUGGGUGUCAGCGCGCUGGCAGAUCGAGAGCUGUUGCUGCGACUGCUGCAAAUGCCCGCGGAGUAUCUGGGGACUGUCCAACCGCGCCUCCAGCUGCUGCUACCGCUGCUGCUGCCAAUGAAGACUGCGGCGCCUGCAGCAGCAGCAGCAGGAUCAGCAGCAGGAGCAGUAGCAGCAGUAGCAGCAGUAGCGCUACGUGAGUAACGAGGGUCGACAUGGCGUGGCCGGCGACACUCGCAGUGACCGUGCUGCUGGUCUCCAGCGUCUGGGCCCGCGACGCCCACUUCAGCAAAUCCGCGACGCUGGGGUCCAACGUGACGCUGCCCUGCCACUUUGAGCCGCGCGAGGGCAACGACGUGAUCAGAGUGCAGUGGAAGAGGAACGACUCCUUCAAGAUCCUCUACUACUCGAAAAAUGACCAGAACAACUGCGAGCGUGUGACCUGGCGGGGCGAUCUGAGCACCGGCAACGCCAGCAUUGAAAUCAUCCACCUGCAGCCGAAGGACGUUGGCAACUACACCUGCGAUGUCUUCUGCAAUAGUGACGGCACUUGGAACAAGACCAUCGUUCAACUGGUCGUGCUCGAGCGAAAAGCUUCGACGACCGUUGCGCCUGACGUCUCAGAGCCACCGUUCGAUUACACGCAUGGAAAUCAAGAUCGCAACGUGGCAAUCAGCGUCUGCGUCGUCUCCGUCCUGGUGAUCGCGGCUGCGGGCUUAGCGAUCCGGGCGAAGCGGAGGAGCAAUCUCGCGAGUGCCGGCGGCGGCGACGUCGUCCAUCCAGCCCUGAUGAGGCAGCAUCCCGGUGGCCACCCGGCUUCGGUGGUGAACAUUCACCUCUUCAGCGGCGGUGGCGGUGGUGUCGGCGGUGAAAAUUAA